CCUGUACUAUGUCUUGCAGUCUCUGGUCAUCUCCUGUACUAUGUCCGCAGUCUCUGGUCAUCUCCUGUACUGUGUCAGCAGUCUCUGGUCAUCUCCUUGACUGUGUUAGCAAUCUCUAGUCAUCUCCUGUAUUGCGUCUGCAGUUUCUGGUCAUCUCCUGUAGUAUGUCUGCAGUCUCUGGUCAUCUCCCUGUACUGUGUCAGCAGUCUCUAGUCAUCUCCUGUAUUGUGUCCUGCAGUCUCUGGUCAUCUCCUGUAGUAUGUCUGCAGUCUCUGGUCAUCUCCUGUACUAUGUCUGCAGUCUCUGGUCAUCUCCUGUACUAUGUCUGCAGUCUCUGGUCAUCUCCUGUAGUACAUCCACAGUCUCUGGUCAUCUCCUGUAGUAAGUCUGCAGUCUCUGGUCAUCUCCUGUAUAUGUCUGCAGUCUCUGGUCAUCUCCUGUACUAUGUCCACAGUCUCUUGUCAUCUCCUGGAGUAUGUCCGCAGUCUCUGGUCAUCUCCUGUACUAUGUCCACAGUCUCUGGUCAUCUCCUGGAGUAUGUACGCAGU